AUGUUGUCAAUCAUUAUGGCAGUCCUGGCCUCAGCCACCAUAGUCAGCGCUCAGUACACGCCCACUAUCGAACCAAGCUCAGUACCCCUAGUCCAGCGUGAGGGAUGGUGCAAUUCCCAAAUACAAUCCUGUCCACUCCUUUGCCUCCAAAUGGCCAACACCACUGGCGCGCUGACAAACGACUGUUCUCCCAAAACCCUCGACUACCAAUGCAUAUGCAGCAACGGCAUCUCCCCGAACUCCUCGGAGUACUCCCUGACAAUGCCAUACUUUAUCUGCACUGAAGCCAAUAACCAGUGUGUUACCAAGUGCACCGAUUCUACAUGCCAGGGUGCUUGUCGCUCGGAUCACCCUUGUGGUGCUCAACAUCCCGUCCGCGUCAAUGUUACUAAUGCUACUGCUACUCCUUCGGCGAAGGUUGCUGUCACUACUACGUCGUCGGUCGCGCUUGGGACUUCUACUGCGACGGGGAUGGCGUCAAGGAUGUUAGCUGGGGAUAUGGGGUAUUUGUAUGGGCUCUGUGGUCUUGUUGGUGGAUUCGUCGUGGGCUUUUCUGCUUUGCUUUAG